AGGCUAAGAGGAUUUCCUUCUACCACAACGACCACUACUACCACAACCACCACAACAACCACGACGCCCGCCCCCACCCCUCCCCCGCCCAACAACGUGGAGGAGAGCGAGGCGCUGGGUCAGAGGUUCGCUCGGACCUUCAACGACACGCUCCACCACCCGAGAUGCCCCAAGCUCUACACCAGCGUCGGGAACAAGUGCCUCUCCCUCCUCUACUUCGUCAAGGGAUGACGACGGACUUCUGGGUGGGAGGCCGGUACACGAAGGACACCGAGGCCUGGACGUGGCUGGACGACGCCCCGAUGGACCUCGGCUCGCCCUACUGGGCCGUCAGACACACCAACAGCUGCAGCAGCCGCCAGCAGGAGUCGGCGCCACACGCCAAGCCUGAAGACGUCGCCUACUGGACCAACACUUCGGCCUGCUACCACUACGAGCAGGCGCCGCGGCGCGACUCCCAGCAGCUCUGCGCCGCCGUCACCUUCCGCCACUACUUCUACAUUAGCGACGAGGACUGCCUGGGCGUCAGGAGCCCUCUGUGUGAACAUGUUCCCAGCACCGCUCAUGAUCUCACGCUCGCUGGCAGUCCGUGAGCGCCGGUUGCUUUCAGGGACAGAAUCUGAUCAGAAAGCGAUGUUUUCAUGUAUUGCAAGAAACCUUUAAUUAAAGGCCCUAUCACACUAUACCUCUACCGUCAAUUUUUGCGUUUCCGUAUGAGGCUAUUCAUAUGUAUCGUUUGCAAACGGAACUCCUCCCAGAUGGAGUCCGUUUCCGUCGGACUAAUUUUCGUCUUGAUCUUGUGCUACGAUCCAUACAAAAAAGAAUAUUAAUAAAUUAGAUAGAAUAAGUUAAUGCAUACAUAAGUUGAUAUUCUAGCAUGUUUCUAAAUACAUAAUGAUAUUUCUUUAAUUAACAUAUGUAUGAAAAUGCUCGUGUGAUUCCCAGGACCUGACUCAGAUGGCGCCAUGUUUGUUAAAAGGAACACUAUGUUUGCGACCUUGGUAGUCUGACAGGGCCAGUCCAUUUCCAUACGGAAAGUUCAUCCGGAAACGUGAAAGUUGAUGAAAAAGGUGGUUGUGUGAGGGCCUUUCUCGUAUCUUGAUCGUGAAUCAGAUGAACUUUUAAUUUUGACA